AAUUGGGGGCUGCUCCAGCUGUUGUCGCCAGUCUCAUUUUGUUUUUGCAUCGCGAGCCGGACGGUCGCCGAAUCGGAUUCAUACUGGAAUUCGGAAAUAGCGCUCUAGCGGAGAGCGGGCCUUUUUGCCUUUCUGUGUGCUUUUGAAUAAAGUCUGCUUGUAAAAAGUGUAAAGAAAGCGGCGCCGCCAAGUGAGCCGGGUGUGUGUGUGCGUGUACCCUUUGUUUUUGUGUGUUUGCAAGUACAAAAGUAAAACAGCCCUAAAAGCAACUACAAAGUCUCGGCUGUGGCGGUGACAGCGCAGUAGCAGCGACGCAGCGGAGCAGUAGCAGCGCAACGGCAGCGACGUCCAGUGCAUUUUGGUGCAAACUAAUUGUUGUUGUGAGAGGUACGCUAUACUGUGCAUGUGCAUGUGUGCGGGUGGGUGUUAGUUGCAGGUGUGUGCGUGCGAUUUGAUUUGAUUUGCUUUUUUGUUGUGGUUUUAUUUUGCCAUCUUUUCAUCAAGUAAUAACAUCGAAAUAAAAGGAAUUUGUGUGGAAAUUAUGAAAUGCGCAUAGAUAUAUAAAAUGUUUUAGUAACAAAUAAUUCAAACUCAAAGUACAUUUAUAAAAUUAAGAAGUAUGAAAUGAAUCGACAAAUUGUCAAGAGUUAAAUUAAAAAAAUACACGAAUAACGUACACGAAUAACAAAAGCAAAAUAAAAGAAAAAUCAUAUUUAAUAAACUGCAUAGUGGGCUGUUGUAUAAGCAUUUGUUUACAUAGUGCAAAAGCCCAUAAAUUGUACAAUUCCCCAAGCAGAGAAGUGUUCUCUCUCUCUUUCUCGCCGUCGCUUGUGUUAAUUGAAAAAAAAGUCAACAAACUUCCUGUUUUUAAAAAGGUCUCCCUCCGUUUUCCGCACUUUUCAUAACUGUUGCCGCAGACAACAAGAGUAUUAUUGUGGCAGUACCGCCCCGCCCCCUCUCUGCUAAGCCCUUUCUUCCACCCACAAACGCUCUCUCUCUCUCUCUGAAAGGGGAAGCGAAUUGUGAGAGUGGAUGUGUGUUGGCAAGAAAGUUUUGUAUUUGCUCUUGUGAUUUCUGCCUGCUGUUUGAUAUUUGCCAGAAGUGCGGGCGCUGAAGUUUUUAGUGCAACAUUUCUCUGCUCCAGCGGGAGCUUUUAUAAUGUGUGUGUGCGCUAUUAUUAAAACCCCCAACGCUCACACACACAGAGCCGUGUGCAUGGGGCAAAAAACUAUGGCCAUGUGUAUGUGUGCGAGGCGUUGGCGUUCUGACCAGAAGAAGAGGAAGAUAAAGCAGCGGUAAAGGGUGAAAGGAAACGGAAAGAAACGGAGAAAUGGGGAAGGCAAAAGAAGGAGAGUGGCAAGGAUACUUAAUAAAUAAAUCAGCGAAUGUGUUUCAAUGAUGUUACUGCCUUCGGGGCGUUCGAAUAGUGAUGUCUAUCCGCUACAAAAUGCCGCAAACACAACAGCAACAUCGACAGGAGGAGCAACAUCCACUGGAGGCGCGGGAGGAGCAGGCGGAGUUGGAGGCGUAGGAGCAACGUCCAAGCCCAAGCCCUUGCUACUGACACGAACAUCAUCUCCUCAAUUGACAACGCUGCCGACAACAAAUGGCUCUGUUGUCCAUGCCACGCCCACCCGCUCCAACGGAUGUUCGCUGCCCCAAUCCUCCGGAAUCCCAGUGACAUUGGCAACAACAGCCUCGGCAAUGGCAACAGCAACAGCAACACCAGCCACAUCUGGAUGUCAGGGAGUGGAGGGCACAGCAUCGACGGAGCUGGGCUCUGGGUUAGCAAAUGGAACUAACUGCGGCACCGGCAUCUAUGGGCCACUUUUGGGUCAAAGUCAUGGGGGUGUCAUCGCUGGCAUGGCCGAAAAUUGGCCAGAAAUUGAUGGACACUUGGAGGCCAUACAGGAAAAGCUCAAGCCCGGCUGGAGUGUUCAUGUGGGCAAGGAGGGCAGGCUCUACUAUUGCAAUCACAUGACGCAAUCUGCGGGUUGGCUGCCAGCCUGCGAGGAUUGGAGCAAACACGAGGAGCUCUCCUAUGGCUGGGAGCGUGCCAUAGACUCCAAGGGUCGUUCCUACUAUAUAAACCACCUGAAUAAAACGACCACCUACGAGGCGCCCGAGUGCAUACGCUGGGAUGAACAUCCUCCGGAACCGCGACAUGUUCAACUCCAGAGGAACGCCAGCCUGGGAUUUGGAUUCGUGGCCGGGAGUGAACGGCCCGUAAUCGUGCGAUUUGUGACGGAGGGUGGCCCCAGCAUCGGAAAACUGCAGCCGGGCGAUCAGAUCCUGGCGGUGAAUGGCGAGGAUGUGAAGGACGCGCCGCGCGACCAUGUCAUCCAGCUGGUGCGAGCAUGUGAGGCGCAGGUCAAUCUCUUGGUGUGCCAGCCCAUGGCGCACUGCGUCCUUCCGGGCAGAAAAUCCACCCUGCUUUCUGCGGGCAAGCGCGCCAAGCUGAGGUCGCGUCCUAGUCGAGUUCGAUUUGCCGAAAGUGUCUGCGUCAACGGAGCUCCACUGUUCCCGCCCUCGGCCUUCUCCCUCGGCGACAUCUGCGUACCCCCGAUGGCCAAUGUGUUGAAGGUGUUCCUCGAGAACGGGCAAACCAAGUCCUUCAAGUACGACGCCACCACUACGGUGCAGGACGUGGUCAGCUCGCUGCUGGACAAGCUAUGCCUGUGCUGUGGCGAGCUCUUCAGCCUGGUGCUGGAGCACGUGAAGAGCCUCAAGCGAAACAAGCUGACCCUGCUGGAUCCGCAGGAGUCGCUGGCCAGGAUUGCUGCGCGUCCGGGAGCGCACAAAUUGAGAUGCCUAUUCCGCAUCACCUUCGUGCCCAUCUCGGCCGCGGAACUGGCGCAGCGGGAUCUGCACGCCCUGGACUACCUGUACUUGCAGUGCUGCAACGAUGUCAACCAGGAGCGAUUCGCCCCAGAGCUGCAGCCGGAAUUGGCCCUGCGUUUGGCCGCCCUCCACAUGCACCAGCACGCCCUGGCCAACAACUUUGCGCCCGCCAAGCUCACCGUCAAACUGGUCGAACGUGAGUUCGGACUGGAGCGCUUUGUGCCGGUGAGUCUGUUCGAGGGCAUGAAGCGGAAGGAACUGCGCCGGCUGAUUUCUCACUUCCUGAAGCUCAACGCGGAAAUGACGGGAUCCUCCAGCAAGGUUCUCACACAGCUGCAGGCCAAACUCCAUUAUCUAGAUAUAAUCGCUAGCUUACCAAGCUAUGGAGCCAAAUGUUUCAGCACAAACCAAAGAGAGGGCGUCGAGCGCGUCCUGCUGGUGAGUCCACGCUUUGGACUGAGCCAAAUAUCCAGUGCCCGCAACUCGGUGCCCCAGCCUAUUUCCGCCAUCGAGGACUUCACCCAUGUGGUCGUGAAUCGCGAGGAUGAUGUCACCUGCAGCGUAUCCAUAUUCAUGCUCGGAGAUCGAGCUGUGAAGUUCACAAUGGAGGAUCGGGAUGGCUGCGAAUUUAGCCUUGUCCUUGGUGGCUACUACCGACUGCUGACAGGAAAUGUGUUAAAUAUCCUGAGAGAACGGGAACCGAACGACGAGGACAAUGCGCCCGGCUUUCUGUCCCAGCACACCGUGCUCCCAGCGGGAUGGAGCUACCUGCUUCCCUUCCACACUCGAGCGCACAGCGUUAACUUCCUAAUGGCGCCACCCUACCAUCCGCUGAUCCAAAGGGGUCAGCUCCAGCAGCAAUCCUCCAUUCAGGCGCCUUCUUCACUGCCCUACGUCAUGGACCUGGACUUGCACAGUGUGAUGGCCACCGAGCUGCUGGAGGAGGCGGCCAAGGAUUCGGGACUGAGUGACAGCAGUGGUAGCAACUACUGCGAGGGACGCAGCCACUUGGGCAGCCAUCAACUGGAGGCUAAGAACGAGCAGGUUCUGAGGAGGGUCCAGGAACUGCAGCACCUAGUUCAGACCUCCGAGCAAUAUCUGAGUGAACAGGAGCAGGGCGGCGGCGGCGGAGGCGGAGGAGGCGUGGCCAUGCUGGAAUUCGAUUCGGAUUGCGAUAGUCUCAACAGCAGUAAGGUUUCCUCGACGGAGGGCUCGCAGGGUGGCACUAUUCUGGGACCAGGAGUAAUCAUUCCGCCAGGACAUCCUCUGAAACAUAGUGAUUCCCUUACGCUAUUGGCGGAGACCAUUAACCACGAGUUGAGUGGCAUAACCCAGGGAUUGAACUCCAUUCCCGAGUCUGCUCCAGUUUCCACAUCUGCUCCUCCGACUCCAGCGACGCCCAAGCGAAAGCCAAGUCUCUGCAGCACUUCCAGCCCGAGACCGCAAAGGAAAUUGAAUGGCUUUAGCCAGCUGUUGAGUGACUUGCAAGCCUUGGGCACCGAUUUCUCCCAGAGCGAAAGUGAUUCGGAGUCCGUGGCCUCACCAGCGCAAUCUCCUACAACCAGAAGACCACAAAUGAUGUCGCUCCAGGCAGCAGGAUCAUCCUCUGGAUCCGGAGCACCAGCCAAACAGCAACUCUCGCAAAGGAGCAGCUUUGGCUUGCACAGUCCCGAUGGCACACAUUUCGGCGCCGAAACAAAGGAUUACAAUCUGAGGGAGUAUCUGCAGCAGCUGAAGGAGAUUAGCAAUGCGGCAUCUGCGGACACGGACGUUGCUGCCCGUCAGCUUUCUGAGAUUUAUGGAUUUGAAGUGAGGGAAGAUACAUUCAUUGAAACCGAUACGGAUCUCAUAGAUCUGCGUGCCAUUCCGCCACCCCAAACCCCCGAUGAGUUGGAUUCCCUGUCCCUGAUGAAUGCAGCUCCCCCAAAGGGAUUCGAGGGCAAGGCUGAAGAGCUGGACAGUUUCCUGCAACAGAUUAUGGUGGCACCACCCACGCAGAAAGCGACACCCGCCAAGGAACUGACACCCGAGGAGAUAAUGUCGUUCAUCAUACCACCACCGCCGAAUUUGGAGCAACAGCAGGUGGUUCCUCCAGUGGAAACAGAGUGCCUGUAUAGCAAUUCUGUUCAGGCAAAGAGGGAGUUCUUCCAAUCGGUGGCCAACGGCAACAAUGGAACUGCUAGUCACUCACCCCACGUUAUCGAGUACGCCACUGUUGAGAGGAAGAGCAAGUUCAGCUGUUGUCCCACCAGCAAAAAGGAGGAGCAGCCGGGUCAGGAGGAACUGCAACCACCGCCCAGAACACCCACUACCGAGCAACUUUCACCGCCGCCGGCGAGACCACCGAAAAGUGCCGAGCUCCUGCAGCGCUAUUCGCCCAAAAAACAGGUGCGUAUAGCCGCUAGCCCAGUAAUGCAGCCGCAGGAGCGGCGGGAACUCUGUCCGCCACAGCUGCCGCCGCGGGGAAGUCCCACGCUGGAUGGAAGCCAGAACAGUCCCACGAACCCGGUGAGUGGUCCCAAGAAACCCCCGUUGCCGCCCAUCGCCUGUCGCCCGCGUCCUUCGAACGGAGUGAAUUCUCCGAACUCCUCAUCACCCGGAUCAGCACCACCUGCCCACUACUCACCACCCAUUCCGGCCACCGUUCGUCUGCCCCACUUGAACCAAGCCAAUGGAACACUUCCCCUGCUCCCUAAGAAACCACAGCAGCUGCAUGGCGAGAAGUUGUUCAUUAAAAACGGUCACCUAAUUGAUGGCGAGGCGCUGCUGGCCAAAACGGAUGUGGCCAUGGCCGGUCUGCUAAUCAAGUUGGACCAGGUUGCCGCCCAGUGUUCGGUGGCUCAGGCGGCAGGAGGCGGCACCUCCAUCGACGAGGAGAAGUUCCAACGCGCUAGGAACGAGUUGACCGAACAGACCUUGGCCCUGGUCACGGCUAGCAAGUUCCUGGUGGCCUCCAUGUCGGACAUGACAUUGAUUACGCUGCCAGAACAUCUGACUUCCUGCCUGACAGCCAUUCGACGGAUUACGGAGCUGGCCCAGGACAUGACCAGGCACACUUCGGCUCCGUUGCAAACCAGGAACAUAGUGCUCAAAGUACACGAUGUGGCGAGUAGUUUCAGGGAGCUGGUGGGCGUUGAGAUCGGACCCAUUGGCGCUGGACAAUUGGCGCUGCAGGCCGAGUGUCUGGCCAAUGUCCUGGCCACUCUGCUGAGAUCCCUGCGCGUAUUCUCUCCAUAACCCAGCGAGAGCGAAGGAAGCGGAAGUGGAGAGGCAAUCGAAAGCGAAGUCAGAAGUGAAAGUGAAACCCGAAAUAGCAAUUUAUCCAGUCCCGACAUAUCGCACGUUCGUCUGUCUAUGUGUAAAUCUCCUUACACCACCUACGUCUAGAUGUGCAUGAAGCCCCAAA